UCCCGUCAUUGUCUUCCAAAGUCUGAUAUUUUGGGUAAAAUGUCAGAAAAAAAUUGCCAUUGUGAUGAUAUAUUGCAUUGUGGGUGUCAAUAUAAAGUGACGGCCAUAUUUGCCGGUGCUGCUCCCGCUGUAAACAAAAAGUGUCGGAGGGAGACAGAGACGCUUCAGUGAUUUCAGGACGUUUUUAUUUCUCCAAAUUAUCAUGUCUCUGGGAAUGUCUUACAAACCAAACCUCCAUCAAAAUGUUCAGGGAACUUCCGUGAAUCAGGUUGGGACAGUCCACUCUCCCUCUCCAGGUCUUGCUACGCUACAGUCUUAUCGUCCCAUUGUCAACGAUUAUGGACCACCAUCUUUGGGAUACACACAGGGUACCAGUGGCGCCCAGGUACCUCAGAGCAAGUAUGCAGAGCUGCUCGCCAUCAUCGAGGAGCUAGGGAAAGAGAUCCGGCCGACCUACGCUGGCAGCAAGACUGCCAUGGAGCGACUUAAGAGAGGCAUCAUCCAUGCCCGAGGGUUGGUGCGUGAGUGUUUGGCGGAGACAGAGAGGAAUGCCAGGUCCUAGAACUCCACACCAUGUUCCUGCCUUCUCCAGUCAGAUCGCAUCUCCACCUUCCUCAAACAACAAAAACAGAUGUUACAC